AAUAAAUAAUGUAUUGUAGUUCAGGUGUUUAAUAAUAUCAUUUAUCGUUAUCAUUUUAUCUUCGGGAGCAGUAGUAUUAAACUCUGCAUUCAUAGUUUUCAUCUUGUUUAUGAUUGCCGUCAAUCAAUGACAUUUACGAAACAUAGGUCGUUAUAAUGUAUUUUUAGAUAAACACGCACUCUAAGCUCAAGGUAGCCGGCCGUUUGAACCAUUUAGUUCAAGGUUACCUAAUCUUGCACAUUUUACGCCGCGCAGUGACAUUAGAAUGUUCUGAACAUCAAAUUUUAAAUAUAGUGUAGUUGAUUUUUGAUAAUUAAGAUACAGUGAAUGUGUUUUUCAAGUAGACAAAUUUAAUAAACAAUAUUAAAAUUCAGCUGAAGUGAACAGAUGAUCUCACGAAUGUGUCACGCCGCGCUUCGUUAGUUUCGUUCUAUCAACACAUGUUGACACAAAACUAUUGUUUAGAAUAAUUAACGUCUGUAUUACUUACUUAGAUGAAUAAUAAAGACAAUUUUGAUUAUUUGUUUAUAUUACAAUUGUUAAAAAAUAUAUGAAUCGUACGUAAAAUCGUGGUAGAUUUUUACGGAAUAGAUAACGUGCGAUGAAAUUCUUUGGCUAUGAGCAUCGCCAAAUAUUAUCGCUAGUUCACUAUCAGUAGAUAUUUCGAUGUGACUAAUUUAUACACACACAAUCGAAAUUAAUGUUGUAGGCUGCCAUUGUGUUUUUAGAAAUGUGAUAGGAAAAUUUAUAAGUGAUUCACAAAUCGUUAAAUUAAUUGUAAAUGAAAUUUCAUAUAAUAAUAAUAAAUAGAAUCGUGAUAAUAACAAUUCCAUUCAGUGAUCUGUUGUGGAGAACAUGAAUUCCGAAAUACAAAAGCAACUGACGCUUUUUAGCGAGUGGGUUCGAAAUCAACCUCAAUUUCCGGAAAUACCGGAGAAACUACUGCAUCGGUUUUUACAUAGUUGCUACUAUGACUUGGAUAAUGCAAAGAGUGCUCUAGAACUUUUUGUUAGUAUCAGAAAUGAAACACCUGAGCUUUUCACUAAUAGAGAUCCAUUAUCGCCGUCGAUACAGGAAACUAUGAAGAUUGUGAAAAUGGCAGUUUAUGAAACGACGGAUAAAAAACAUAUAUGGAUUUGGCAGGUCAACGACCCGGGAUUCGAUCGAUUUGAAACUUUACAUGAUUCUAGAUUGUUCUUGCUGACCGCAGACACUUGGUUCUUAACCGAUCGUUUGGCUGACGACGACAUUGUUAUUGUAGACGUUAAGGAUUUUAACUAUAAAUUCAUUACUAAGUAUAAUUCGAUUCUCGGCAAAACAAUAUCGAAAUACCAAGGGGGGGCAAUGCCGAUGCGUUUGAAGCAGAUACACGUCAUAAAUACACCGCUGAUAGUCGACAAAAUAUAUUCGUUGUUCAAGCCCCUCCUCAAAAGCGACGUAAAAGAAAAGAUACAUUUUCACACGCCAAAUUCGAACACACUAUUCGAUUACGUACACAAAGACGACUUACCAAAGGACUUGGGAGGGAUCAGAGACAGUCUGGAUAUCUAUACAAAAAAAAUGAAAGAAAUGAUGCUAACGAAACGGUAUGUAUCUCUGACCGACAUGAAAUUAGAUAAAGCAAUGUUCGAUCAUAGGUUUUCAAGGGUCGUUGACAUGAAGAAGAAUCCUGACUGCAACUACGAAGAUUACGAAGUUAUAAUAAAGGUUGUUCUUAGAUGUAGGAUUGGUAAGAAUAGAAUGUAUGAAAAGAGCGUGGAAAGGAGCGUUAAGAUGUGAGU